AUGGAGGUGGUUCCUCCGGUUGGUUUUGCGGGUGGGCUUGCGGUACUGUGGUCAGUGUCUGUAAAUAUACAAGUUGUGAUAUCUACUCAGCACUUCGUAUGUUGUAAGGUUGUAGAAUGCAAUGCCUUAGAAUGGCUGUUGGUGUGUGUAUAUGGUUCGCCCGCUGUUGCGAAUCGCUCAUCUGUAUGGCAACAGUUAUCCAAUGCACUCACUCCUUUUGAUUACCCGAUCUUAGUUAUUGGCGAUUUCAACCAAAUUUUGUCUCCUGCUGACAAAUUUGGGGGUAGAAUGUUUAAUCAGGCCCAGGCUUCCCCGUUACUACAACUUACUCAACACUUAGGCCUGUCAGAAGUUCAGCACGGAGUGUGGUAUACAUGGACGAAUAAUAGGGCUGGUUAUUCUUGUAUAUAUGAACGCUUAGAUCGAGCUUUGGCUUCCCACAGAUGGUUAAUGUCUUUCCCAUAUGCGGUACUACGCAAUCUUCCGAUCAUGCACUCUGAUCAUGGGCCUAUCUUCAUCAACACACGUUAUCAUCCGCGGAAACACAUACCGGUUCUGCGUUUUGAGGCAUUCUGGAAAAAAAAAGCGGCAAGAUCCAUAGUGGCUAAAUCAUGGGUAGCCAAUCCAUCGAACCCUGCCUCUCCGAUGAAGGCUGUAUCCAGUCAAUUGGCGAUUACUCUCGGCCAUCUUCUCAAUUGGCAUAAAAAAUCUCACAGAGCUUUGGACAACCGUAUUGUGACUCUUCGGAGUAACCUGGAGCAGGCACAAAAGGCAUUGUUAUCCCAUAAUCAGCCUUUGUCCAGGUCUGAUGCUCAAGUAUAA